CAGCGGCGCGCCCGGCCCGGUCUCCAGUUCCCUCAGACCGUCCCGUCCAGGGUCCUGCAGGCCGGCCAUGGCGGCGCCGGCGCGGCCGCUGUCGCGCUUCUGGGAGUGGGGCCGCAGCAUCGUGUGCGUGGGGCGCAACUACGCGGAGCACGCGCGGGAGAUGGGGGAGACGCCGCCCUGCCGCCCGCUGCUCUUCCUGAAGCCCGCCUCCGCCUACGUGCGGCCGGGCAGCCCGGUGCAGCGGCCGUACUACUGCCGGCGGCUGCACCCCGAGCCCGAGCUGGCCGUGGUGCUGGGCCGGCGCACGCGGGGCGUCUCCCGCGACGACGCCAUGCAGUACGUGGCCGGCUACGCGCUGUGCCUGGACAUGACGGCGCGCGACGCGCAGGACACCUGCAAGGCCCGCGGGCUGCCCUGGACGCUGGCCAAGAGCUUCGACACGUCGUGCCCCGUGAGCGACUUCGUGCCAAAGGAGCACGUGGCCGACCCGCACCGCCUGCGCCUCUGGCUGAAGGUCAACGGGCAGCUGCGGCAGGAGGGGGACACGGCGGACAUGCUCUUCUCCGUGCCCGAGCUCAUCAGCUACAUCAGCGAGAUCAUCACGCUGCACGAAGGGGAUGUCAUCCUCACCGGCACCCCGCCCGGCGUGGCGGCCGUGGAGGAGCAUGAUGAGCUGGAAGCCGGCAUCCACGGGCUGCUCAGCAUGCGCUUCACGGUGGUGCAACAAAGGCUGGGGGCGUGAGAGGGGCCUCGGGCACCGGGAGCUGCCUCCGUCCUUGCGUUUCUCAUGCACCAUGCUGAGUCUGAAAGUUGGCUCUUGAUUCCCAGGGAAUAAAGAACCAACUUGGCUCCUUGGGAAGGAAGACCCAACUUUGCAAUGAAAAACUAACUUUGCUUUUUGGGAAUAAAGAGCCAGCUUUGCAAUGAAGAAUCAGCUUUGCUCCUUGGGAAGGAAGAACCAGCUUUGCAAUGAAAAACCAACUUGGCUCCUUGGGAAGGAAGAACGAAGUUUGUAAUGUAGAACCAAGUUGGCUUCUUGGGGAUAAAGAACUAGCUUUGCAACGAAGAACCAACUUGGCUUCUAGGGAUUGAUGCUUUUGGAUCUGGUGAAGGUUGGGGGGUUGGUGUUGCAUCGGCUCUAAAUGGGCAUCAAGUUUGGACUGUUAAUAAAGCUAAAAAAGAAAA